GUCAAUAACAUGUCAAUAAUCGAAAAUUUUGUAAAUCAAAACAUUAGUUAGAUAUUUUACGCAUUUAAUAUUUUAGUUAUAGCUCAUAAAUGCAAAUAUUUAAUGUAUUCUAAAGAUGGGUACUGAUAGAAAAGUAUUGAGUGUCAAAUUUAAUCAAGAUCAAGGAUGUUUUACAUGCUGCAUGGAAAAUGGUAUUCGCGUUUAUAAUGUAGAACCGUUAGCAGAAAAAGCACAUUAUGAUAUAGAGACAGUUGGAAGUGUUUCACAAUGUGAAAUGUUGUUCCGUACUAAUGUAUUAGCUGUAGUAUCCGGAGGAUCACGUCCAAAAUUCGCUGACAACGUACUUUUAAUAUAUGACGAUUUUUUGAAAAAAUUUAUACUAGAUAUUACAUUUCCCUCAUCAAUAAGAGCUGUGCGAAUGCGUAGAGACAAGCUUAUUGUUGCUUUACUAAACCAAAUACAUGUGUUCUCAUUUCCUACUCCCACUCAGAGAUUAUUUACGUUAGAAACUAAGGAAAAUUAUAGAGGUUUAUGCGAAGUGAGUCAUUUAGCUUCAGCUGAAAAACAAAUAUUGGUAUUUCCUGGACAUAAAAUUGGAAGUGUGCAGCUAGUGGAUUUGUCUUGUACAGAAAUUGGCAUUUCUAGUGCUCCAGUUUGGAUUCCAGCACACAAAAGUGAAGUUGGUUGUUUAGCUUUAAAUCAGCAAGGUACUAGAUUAGCUACAGCUUCUUAUCAAGGGACAUUGAUAAGAGUAUGGGAUACUACUUCCAAAAAUUUACUUGUGGAAUUAAGGCGUGGGUCAGAUCCUGCUACUGUAUACUGUAUCAAUUUUAGCAGGGAUUCGGAAUAUUUAUGCUGCUCAAGUGACAAAGGAACUGUACAUAUAUUUGCCAUUAAAAAUACCAAUUUAAAUAGAAGGAUAAGCAUACCAAGUGGAAUUUUAGGAAAAUAUGGUGAAUCACAAUGGGCUUUAGCAAAUUUCAUUGUUCCCCCGGAAUGUGCUUGUGUAUGCGCUUUUGGUCCAAAUAGUUCUGUUAUCGCGAUAUGCUUGGACGGAACAUUUCAUAAAUACGUAUUCACUGCAGAUGGCAACUGUAACAGAGAAGCUUUCGAUGUGUACUUGGAUGUCUGUGAUGAUGACGAAGAACAUUUUAUAUAGUUUUGACCUUCUUAAAUAUUAUUUAGAUAAGUGUUAGUUAAGAAAAAUUGACAUUACUUUUUUAAAAAAAUAUAAUCUAGUGUUUCUUAUGGUGCUAUUAAUUAAAAAAUAUAUUUUUUA